UUCAGUUUGAAUCGGCAGUGGCUGUGAGGUUGUCUAGCAAAUCAGUUUUGUGCCAUUGUUUCUCAUUUCCAGUUCCUAACUAUGCGAUUACUAUAUAAAACGGCUCUACUCCUACUCGUAGCUGGCAUGGUGUAUAGUAAUACGUCCUCCAAAAUAGAACCUACUUGCGAUUGCACAUAUUGUUACAAUAAAAACGAAAACGAUACGGAAUAUGAAGAUGAACAUAUAACACCAAAGUUAUACAAAGAAGACAGCGAUGGCGACGGCAAUCGAACCAUUUGUGCACGAGAUCGCGAAUUCAAUGAUCGCACCUUUCCGAGCGUUUGUCAUAUGUUGUGUUACAAUCGCUGUCUGAUUCUACGACUUUCGACUGUUAAAGACAGUAAAACUGAGAUAAAUGUGGUGAUCGCGUUCAGAAACAAUUACUAUAAAUUGCGAGACGGUAAAUGCUGAAAUAUUCUCUUUGGAGAUAACAAUAUCUAUACGACGAUACAUAGUCCACGCGAAGAAAAAUGUACUAUAAG